CUCGGGGCCCAGGCGGCGGUGGCGCCCGAGGACCGCGCUCGCGAAGGGAGCUUGCGGAGGAGUAGUUCAAAAUGUCAAAAAUUAGGAGGAAGGUCACAGUGGAAAAUACCAAAACCAUCUCUGAAAGCACAUCCAGAAGACCUAGUGUAUUUGAGAGGCUUGGACCCAGCACUGGCAGUACGACAGAGACUCAGUGUCGUAACUGGCUGAAGACUGGCACCUGCCUCUAUGGAAACACGUGUAGAUUCGUGCAUGGCCCUUCACCACGUGGUAAAGGGUACAGCAGCAGUUACAGAAGGUCACCAGAAAGACCUACAGGUGACCUCAGAGAAAGAAUGAAGAACAAGCGCCAAGACGUGGAUACUGAGUCCCAGAAACGAAAUACGGAGGAAUCAUCCUCACCUGUUAGGAAAGAAUCUUCGCGAGGGAGACAUAGAGACAAGGAAGACAUAAAAAUUGUUAAGGAGAGAACUCCAGAGAGUGAAGAAGAAAACGUAGAAUGGGAAACUAAUAGAGAUGAUUCUGACAAUGGAGAUAUUAAUUAUGAUUAUGUUCAUGAGUUGUCAUUGGAAAUGAAGCGUCAGAAAAUACAGAGAGAACUUAUGAAGUUGGAACAAGAAAAUAUGGACAAGAGAGAAGAAAUUAUUAUUCAAAAGGAGGUUUCACCAGAGGUGAUUAGAUCAAAGUUGUCACCAUCACCUUCUCUAAGGAAGUCUAGUAAAUCUCCAAAACGAAAAUCAAGCCCCAAGUCCUGUUCAGCCAGCAAGAAGGAAAGGAAGACAUCUGCAGUGUCUUCUCCCAUGUUAGACCAGCAGAGAAAUUCAAAGAGCAGCCAAAGUAAAAAAAAAGGACCUCGUACACCCAGUCCACCCCCUCCUAUACUAGAGGAUAUUACUCUGGGGAAAAAAUACAAAGAGAAGUAUAAAGUGAAAGACAGAAUAGAAGAAAAACUAAGAGAUGGAAAGGACAGAGGACGGGAUUUUGAAAGACAAAGAGAGAAGAGAGACAAGCCAAGAUCUUCUUCCCCAGCAGGACAGCAUCAUUCUCCUAUAUCUUCUAGACAUCAUUCAUCAUCGUCACAAUCGGGAUCAUCUAUUCAAAGACAUUCUCCUUCUCCUCGUCGCAAAAGAACUCCUUCACCCUCCUACCAGCGGACAUUAACUCCAUCCUUACGACGUUCUGCUUCUCCUUAUCCGUCACAUUGUUUGUCUUCUCCUCAGAGAAAGCAGAGUCCUCCAAGACAUCGCUCUCCAAUGCGAGAGAAAGGGAGGCAUGAUCAUGAACGAACUUCACAGUCACAUGAUCGGCGUCAUGAACGGAGGGAAGACACUAGAGGCAAAAGGGAUAGAGAAAAGGACACUAGAGAGGAACGAGACUAUGAACAGGACCAGAGCUCUUCUAGAGACCACAGAGAUGAUAGAGAACCUCGAGAUAGUCGGGACCGGAGAGAUACUAGAGACCGCCGGGAACUAAGAGACUCCCGAGACAUCAGGGACUCAAGGGAGUUGCGGGAUUAUAGCCGAGAUACCAAAGAGAGCCGUGAUCCCAGAGAUUCCCGGUCCUCUCGUGAUGCCCAUGACUACAGAGACCGUGAAAGUAGAGAUUCUCAUCGAAAGGAGGACACAUAUCAGGAAGAAUCCCGGAGUUACAGCAGAAACCACUUGAGAGAAGAAAGUUCUCGGACUGAAGUGAGAAGUGAUUCCAGAAAUGAGUCUCGGAGUGAAAUCAGGAAUGAUCGGAUGGGCAGAAGUAGAGGGAGAGGUCCAGAAUUGCCUGAAAAGGGAAGUCGAGGCACAAGAGGUUCUCAAAUUGAUAGUCACAGUAGUAGUAGCAACUAUCAUGACAGCUGGGAAACUCGAAGUAGCUAUCCAGACAGAGACAGAUAUCCUGAAAGAGACAGCAGAGAUCAAGCAAGGGACUCCUCCUUUGAGAGACGACAUGGAGAAAGAGAACGUCGCGACAACAGAGAAAGAGAUCAAAGACCAAGCUCACCAAUUCGACAUCAGGGAAGAAAUGACGAGCUUGAGCGUGACGACAGAAGAGAGGACCGCAGAGUAGACAGAGUGGAUGAGAGAAGAGACGAAAGGGCUAGAGAGAGAGACAGGGAACGAGAACGAGAGAGGGAGCGGGAAAGAGAGAGGGAACGGGAGCGGGAUCGAGAAAGAGAAAAAGAAAGAGAACUAGAAAGAGAACGUGCGAGAGAACGAGAGAGAGAAAGAGAAAAGGAGAGAGACCGUGAAAGAGAGAGAGAUCGGGACCAUGAUCGAGAUAGGGAAAGAGAGAGGGAACGUGACAGGGAAAAAGAACGGGAGCGAGAGAGAGAAGAAAGAGAGAGGGAGAGAGAGCGAGAACGAGAGAGAGAAAGGGAGCGGGAACGAGAAAGAGCCAGAGAGAGAGAUAAAGAACGAGAACGUCAGAGGGAGUGGGAAGACAAGGACAAGGGCCGAGAUGACCGCAGAGAAAAACGAGAGGAAGUCCGAGAAGAUAGGAACCCCAGAGAUGGGCAUGAUGACAGAAAAUCAAAAAAGCGCUAUAGAAAUGAAGGAAGCCCCAGUCCCCGACAGUCUCCCAAGCGCCGGCGUGAGCACUCUCCUGACAGUGACACCUACAACAGUGGCGAUGAUAAAAAUGAAAAACAUAGGCUCUUGAGCCAGGUUGUACGACCCCAAGAAUCUCGUGCUCUCAGUCCAUCGCACCUCACAGAAGACAGGCAGGGCAGAUGGAAAGAGGAGGAUCGUAAACCAGACAGAAAAGAGAGUGCAAGGCGCUAUGAAGAGCAAGAACUCAAAGAGAAAGUUUCUUCUGUAGACAGACAGAGAGAACAGACAGAAGCUAUGGAAAGCUCCAGAGUGCGCACACAGGACAUGAUGAGCCACCACCACCCUGAGGAGCGUGAUGGAUCUGAUCGAGCCCAUGAUGAAAAUAAGAAAAAGGCAAAACUUCAGAAAAAACCAAUUAAGAAAAAAAAAGAGGAUGAUACUGGUAUAGAGAGGGCUAACACUGACAUAACAUCUGAAGAUGUUCAAGUCUUUUCACCAAAAAAAGCACAGAAGAAGAAAAAUGUUGAAAAGAAACGCAAACGAUCCAAAGGUGACUCUGACCUUUCUGAUGAAGAAAUAGCCCAGCAGAGUAAGAAGAAAAGAGGCCCCCGCACGCCGCCCAUGGUGGCCAAAGAGGAACUGGUUGAACUCUCCACUGAUAAGGACAGCAUGCUAGAGGAGGCACUGAAGAAAGAAGAUACAGCCUUCAGUGACUGGUCUGAUGAGGAUGUGCCUGACCGUACAGAGGGGACAGAACCUGAGCAUGCUGCCACCACUGCCACUCCUGGUAGCACACCUUCCCCUCUGUCUAAUCUUCUCCCUCCUCCGCCACCCGUAGGUACUGCUGCUGCCACUCUGGCCUCCUCCGUGGUGGCUGCCAGCUCUGCCUCUGCCUCAAGUAUCAGUGCUGCUUUCUCCAGUGAAGACUCACAUAGAAAAUGCCACAGGACCCGAGCGGAGAAAGUGGAGGUGCCUCACGUGACCUUGGAAGACACUCCACACCGCAGGCUGGUGGAUCAGAAGCGGAGCAGCAGCCUCGGGAGCAAUCGGAGCAACAGGAGUCACACCUCCGGUCGGUUGCGCUCCCCAUCCAAUGAUUCCGCUCAUCGAAGUGGAGACGACCAGGGUAGUCGAAAGAGAGUGCUGCAUAGUGGAUCAAGAGAUAGAGAAAAAACGAAAAGCCUGGAAAUCACAGGGGAGAGGAAAUCUAGGAUUGAUCAGUUAAAGCGUGGAGAACCCAGUCGAAGUACUUCUUCAGAUCGCCAGGAUUCAAGAAGUCAUAGUUCAAGAAGGAGCUCUCCUGAGUCUGAUCGGCAGGUCCAUUCAAGAUCUGGGUCAUUUGAUAGUAGAGACAGGCUGCAGGAACGAGAUCGAUAUGAUCAUGACAGAGAGAGGGACAGAGAGAGAAGAGAUCCAAGACCGAGAGAAUGGGACCGAGAAGCUGAAAAAGACUGGCCACGGACCAGAGAUCGGGAUAGAAUACGGGAAAGGGAGAGAGAACGAGACAAAAGGAGAGAUUUGGAUAGGGAAAGAGAGAGACUAAUUCCUGACUCCAUGGAAAGGGACAGAGAAAGAGAUCGGACUUUUGAGACUUCUCAAAUAGAGUCUGCUAAGCGCAGUGAGAUAAAGCUGGAGAGUGAACAUGAACGAGACCUAGAUGGCAGUUCCCGAGACUCUGCAGCUUUGGAUAAAGAAAGGAUGGACAGGGAUUUGGGGUCUCUGCAGGGAUUUGAAGAUACAAGUAAAUCUGAGAGAACUGACUGUAUGGAAGGAGAUGAUGAAUCCAAGUUAGAUGAUACUCAUUCAUUAGGAUCUGGUGCUGGAGAAGGGUAUGAGCCAAUCAGUGAUGAUGAACUGGAUGAAAUCCUGGCAGGUGAUGCGGAAAAAAGAGAGGACCAACAGGAGGAAGAAAAGAUGCCAGAUCCAUUAGAUGUGAUAGAUGUGGAUUGGUCUGGUCUUAUGCCAAAGCAUCCAAAAGAGCCCCGAGAGCCUGGGGCUGCACUGUUAAAAUUCACACCUGGAGCCAUUAUGCUGAGAGUUGGGAUUUCCAGAAAGUUGGCUGGUUCAGAGCUCUUCACUAAAGUCAAAGAAACCUGUCAGAGACUUUUAGAAAAACCCAAAGAUGCAGACAACCUUUUUGAACAUGAGUUGGGAGCUCUCAACAUGGCUGCGUUGCUACGUAAAGAAGAAAGAGCAAGUCUUCUUAGUGACCUUGGGCCUUGCUGUAAAGCACUGUGCUUCAGGAGAGAUUCUGCAAUCCGUAAACAGCUUGUUAAAAAUGAAAAGGGCACUGUCAAACAAGCUUACACAAACACUCCAGUGGUGGACAAUGAGCUACUACGAUUGAGUCUUCGGCUAUUUAAGAGGAAGACUACUUGUCAUGCUCCUGGACAUGACAAAGCUGAAGAGAAUAAACUAUCCCAGUCCAGUAUCCAGCAGGAACUGUGCGUGUCUUAAGGAGGUCGUUCAGUGUGGCUCAUGGGGUAUGGUCUUCCUUCAGCAGCACUUACUUAUUUUCAAAGUUCUUUGGUUGAAAACCUUAUUAGUAACAAAGGCAGAAAGGAUGUAUCAGCCAUGCUAAAAGUGUGAAGAACUUUGAUCUUUAGAGAUACUGUUUUGGCUAAUAUUUACAUUAAUUUUUAUAUAAUACUUGAUACUCAAGCAAAAUAAUGUGAAAGCAUCUAGAUUCAGUAGUUUAGCCUGUGUCUUUUAUUGAAAUGGAAGAUGUGGAAAAUUAUCAUCCUGCUCUUCCAGGCUCUGAACACUUGUUAUGAAAUGGAACACUGGAUUAUUUUCUGGAUCAUCUGUACAAAAACAACAGUUUGUUCAGAAAUGAGGUCUUCAGAGUCCUUGCACGUGUUGUGCAAAAUCCAUGUUGCACAGACAUUUGGAAGGAAGCACUGGCCCAGCAUAGUGUGUCCAUAGACAAAUCUCCAGCAGAAGGAAGCCAUUUUUUUUUCUUUUGAAGAUUUUAAAAUAAAUUACUUCAUAGGUCUUUGAUUUUUUUUUAAUGUGUGUACAUUGUUACAUUGUAUAUUGGAUUUCAUUAGAUACAGAAUAGGUUUUUGUGGUUUAUCAUCAGAGACUGUACUGUUCAUUUUUAAUAAAUGCACCUUGCCUUCCUUUAUUCUAGAUUUACUUUGUUCUUUAUUAAUCAUAUUAUUGAUAUUUUGAAGAAAUGUAUUGUCAGUAUUAUAAUUUUGUGCUUCAGAUGUCUUCUAGCUUAUGUCUUUAUUACUGGACAGCUGUAAACAAUGUAAGAAGAUUUGAGGAGGCUCUUCAAACAUAGUUGAGUAAUUCUUGAAUUAAACCAAGAGUUAAUGAACCUAUGUAAUAAGUUCUACCAUAUUUUUUAGUGCUGUACACACUAGCUACAUUAAUCUGCCUCCAUUCUGUAAAAUAUAUAUGUAUGUGACUUUUUAAUUACAGAGUAACUUGUGCUCUGUACCUCUUUAACUCAUGAUGUGGACUUUUCAAAGGAUUUUGAAUGGGUUGCCUGCUACAGACUUCUGGGCAAACUGUAAUUGUAGUAGUCAUAAUAAUAUAAGAAUAAAGGAAACAUUGUAAGGUA